GUGCAUAAACGUAUGGAAGCUCCAAUCUAUAUCUACUAUCAACUUGACAACUACUACCAAAAUCACCGAAGAUAUGUCAAAAGUAGAGAUGAUCGCCAGCUCUUAUAUGGUCUGAAGUACAAUGACACUAGUUCCUGCAAACCUGAGCAAUCCAACAAUGGGCUCCCAAUUGUCCCUUGUGGGUUGAUAGCAUGGAGUUUGUUCAAUGAUACGUUUACUUUUGUUCGUGAGGCAGCACAAUUGAGGGUUAACAGGAAGAAUAUUGCCUGGAAGAGUGAUCGGGAUCACAAGUUUGGGAAGCAUGUAUAUCCCUUCAAUUUCCAGAAUGGAACCUUGAUUGGUGGUGGAAAGCUAGAUCCAAGUAUUCCUCUAAGUGAUCAGGAGGAUCUAAUUGUUUGGAUGCGUACUGCUGCUCUUCCUAGCUUCCGGAAAUUGUAUGGAAGAAUUGAAGAGGAUCUAGAAGCAGAUGACAUAAUAGUAGUAAACAUCCUGAACAAUUAUAAUACUUACAGUUUUGGGGGAAAGAAGAAACUUAUUCUUUCAACGUCAAGCUGGUUGGGAGGAAAGAAUGACUUCCUUGGGAUGGCCUAUAUUGCUGUUGGUUCGUCCUGCAUAUUCAUCUCCCUUGUCUUCAUGCUACUCCAUGUGAAAAAUCCUAGGAGUUAUGCAAAUGGCUGAUAACUGAUUAUGGAAGCCUUUAUUCUACAACUAGCUGCCAGCAAAUUGCCCAGACUAACAAUUUUACAGUCCAGACUGCUCAUAAUUUACUUUGGUCAGGAAUCCUGAAGAGGUAAAUGGGGAAUGGCCAGAACCAGAGCAACCAUGAUAAACCACUAAUUCUCACUUCUCAGGAUUACUUUCUUAUAUUGAAAUAUAGUUUGUAUUUGUAUGUAUAUAUACACCACAAAAUGACAAUAAAGCUAUGUCAUUUGUAUUGUGGCUA